AUGAGAUCGUCAUGCUGUGGAACAACCUGUCAGAUCAUGACGAGUGCUGGGCCACUGAAAGUGCCCAAGUCGAGUAGUGGAAGCCAUCUGCCUGGCUCUCUGCUGAAUUUACCCUGCUGGUCAGACCAUCGCCGGAGUCCAGGUAAACCGAUGGGCUGCCAUCCUAAGGGAUUACAGGAUGAUCCGAGACAUAGUCCUGGGCAGCCCCGGAAUCAUGGCUGGAACAAAAUUAAAGCUCUCUGAGCUAAACCAACUCACAAUCUCCCAGCGGCACAAUGCUCGAAUAAAGAAGCAGGAGAGGGAGGUCUUACAGCUGGACACUGAGCCUUUUACUGCUCCUUUGGUGGCACCUGAACACCUCCCACCGGUACUGCCAAAACUAAUGGAAGCAAUCCAGCAUGGACACUCAUCUUUUGAGUUUGAAAUACCUCAGGAUGCGUCUGGACAGGCAGCACCGUGUUCUCAAGGCCAGCCUCCUCCAGCGGGCUCGACGGCAGCAGCUAUUGCCAGACCUACAUCCCACUCAGCCACUUCUUCCAUACCUGCCUCUGCUGCUGCACAUACAUCUACCGCAGCACCUGUGCCUUCUGCGUCUACAGCCACGCCCAUACCUGUUGUAGGAGCACCUGUACCAGUCUCAGCACCAGACGAGAAGAGGGUGCCCAGGACCACAACAUGGCGGCGAAAGAAGCUGUCAGAGGCAGCCGCAGCUCAAGGUUUGAACCCGACGAAACGUCAGAUACCUCUGCAGUUCCUUUGCCAAAAGUGUGGCCAGCGAAAGACUAAAGAUUUUGGCCACAGACAGUUCCGGGGUGUCUACUUCUGUGCAAAGGCUUCUGGGAAGACAAGAGAGGAGAGACAUAUGUAUAUAUAA